CUCAAUUCCAUUGGGAGAGAUUGCAGGAAUUUAUCCUUAUUUUUUAGGGCUCCAGCGUGCUUGUUGGGGGAGGGUUUUGGACGUUGAUUUUUUUGUAGUGAGAGGUUCAAGAGCAAAGGGGCUGUUUUCCUGAUACCCAUCCUUAUCCAAAUGAUACAAUCGAAUCCGAUUACUUCUCCGUUUUUAAAAUAGUCAGUUUUGUUACAUUCACCUCCAGAAUGUGUCCGCCCCAAGGCACUUCCUCCAAGCGCUCACCGACCAUUCCCCUUAUUCCCAUCGGCGAUAGACGACUUGGUUGUGGCAACCCACAAGGUCUUCCCUCCAAUGUCGCACGAGAGUACCUCCAGCAACACCAUGACUUUACAGACGAUCUUUUAUCACUUCCUGGCAUGGUGCAGAUUGAGGAUCUCGAUGCCAUGUUCCGUGAAAUGGUCGACAUGGGCAAGUUUGAGGAAGGAUUGGGAUUUGAGGAGACAGUUGUUGUCGAGGUUGAGGAUGAGAGAAAACGUCAGAGUGGGCCUGUGAUACAUAGAGAGGGAGAGAGUAGGGCUAGUGGCGCUGGCAAGGUGAAGAAGAAAACAGCAGCAUUGAGGAAAAAAGUGGAUGCUGCAAGAAAGACCGUUGAAGGCUGUCCCGUGGGAAUUGAUGGGAAUCCAGUAACAACACGGGUCGAGCAGCAAGUUCAGCAGCAACAGCAACAGCUUAUUUUUCAAGCCCAAGCCCAAUCUGCCGGUGAAUGUCUCCUACUUGGAUCUCUACCCGGGAUUGACCGGCCGCCCUCAAGCGUCACAUCUACAGGCACUACAGCAUCAGGUGAAGAAAUCGUGCGCAAGGACUGCAAACGAAGGAAAGUGUGUCAAGCAUGUAUCCUCUGUCGCAAAGCCCACAUGUCGUGCGACGAGGCACGCCCAUGUGGGAGAUGCGUUAGAAAGGGCAUGGCACAUCUGUGCAUGGACGCACCGAAACGUGGAGAACUACCCAAACCCUGCAAUACCUGCCCCGUAACUAUCCGACCUGCACCAGUCAAAUCCCGUUCGACGGAAUUUAAGUUGGCCCCAAGAUUGGUAUCGGGGCCAUUAGCUGCUAUUGGGCUGACGCCGCCUUUGACAAUUGAGACGGUGGGCGGUGCGCUGAUGUCUGCAUCUGCAGGCAGUGCUCCAUCAACACCGCUAGCUGGGGACAUGCUACCAGUGAGUGCGACCACGGAAAGUCCGUCGAUUACAACCACCACAUCAGGCAACACUAUUACCUCUUCCACCGCACUUUCAUCAUUGCAGCCUUUCGCAUCCCAGCAGCUCUCGUUUGUUGGAUUAUUGAAUGGGAAGGACAUAGUGCCUCCUACUCCCGCACCGUCUACCUCAACCAGCCUAAACUCUAAUGUGGCCUUUAACGGCACAGCAUCUUUCAACCCCAGCAUCCAGCAACCAUUCACCGCACUGGCAGAAGCUACUUUCAAGACUCCACUCCCAUCCGCAAAUCUCUCUGCCCUACCACCCGGACUACUAUCUUUUGCAUCACACUCCACCACGGUACCACCCCCUCGACAAUCACCUGUAUUUGACGAACACGUAAUUCCCAAGCGAGAAAUUACACCUUCCUCGCCAUACCAAUCGCAUCCGUCCUUUUCACCUAAUCCAGGGUCCAGAUCUGUCACACCAGGGACGCCAAACUCAACUCACACAUCUCUGGCUCCGUCAACGAUUACCAAUGACACACCUCCACCGCCAUCAACCUCAUCAAAACAUCAGCAACAGCAACAGCAACUGGGAUCCGGUCCUCAGCAAGCCCAGCCCUGUGCCAACUUUGUAUACUCGGCACCAAGCUUCCCUCAACCCCCCAAUAACUUUUUCGCCAGCGCCUCAGUUGGAUCCGAAUUUGCCGCUCUGGCCGAACUCUGGUCAGCCGUCUCUGCUACCACCGGAGACGAACUCCCGACAUCCUCCGCUCCCCACGCAUGCACAGGCAAAGGUAGCUCCCGGUGUAUGACCUGUCCCUUCACCACCCUCGAAAAGUUUUACCUGACGGCCGCCGGUGAUCAACCUUCAAACCUCUUCCAGGCUAGUGACCGGCUAGCUCACGUGUUGGACGCCAAACGCAGCGCCGGGCUUCUCAAUCCCCACGAUUACACAACCGGCUACGCUCGACUGGGACACCACCUCUCAACGCAAUGCACAGCAAUGUCCCGCCAACGCAUCUUAUCUGUCGUCUCAGCCUUUCAAACAGGUUUUGCAGCGCUAGCCCGAACGGUCACCGAUGCCGAACUCCUCGCUUCCGAAGAAAUCUUUGAGCGACUCUGUUUAGAGUACGACCUGGCCUUUUCCAUCCAAGGUGUUCCGUCCGCCCUGUGGCGCCGUACUGGCGAAAUCGUCCGUGCAAACCAAAGCUUUGCCGACCUUGUCGGCCUCCCACUCUCCAUCCUCUCCGAAGGAAAAGUAUGCGUCUACGAACUGUUAAAUGAAGAAUCCGGCGUCAAUUACUGGGAACGGUUUGGACGCGUUGCAUUUGAUCCAGAAGAAAAAGGAUGGAUGGGGCUCGCUACGCUUCGCAAAUCCCGUGGCAUCGUCAACGAACAGGAAAUAAAAUGUGCAUAUUCGGUUACGGUGCGGAGAGAUAAUGUGGGUGUUCCCCUCGUUUGUGCCGGAAACUUUUUGAGAAGUGAGCGAGUUGAGAGCGCUUGUGAUGUCAUACCAGAUUGGGUUAGAGAGGGAUGUGAAGUUGCUGAGAGGGCUCGAAAAAAGGCGAGCCAGAAGGAGGGAAAUGUACCUGCUGCAUCUAUAGCUGCGCCCCCUGUUGCACCCUUUGUUCCGUCUACACCUCACCCACCGCUCGGAACACCGCAACCGGAAAGCACCGUGUCCGCCGACAUUGAAAACCUCGUAGGCAUAGUGGGCGGACCAGGGGGAAUGGAAGGCGAUAUGCUUCGGAGGAUGUUGGAGGAUUUGCUCGGUGUGGCAAGAACGUGAGUUUUGGCUCCUUUUGUAUCUCUGUAAAAUAGUUUAUUAUCUUUGGUUUAUAUGUUAUUUUUGCACGAUGUUCCCAAAGGUAAGAAUACAUUGGGACAAUAGAUAUCGAGGCGAUGAUCUGUUUUUAGCGAUA